CAACGUCUCGGCGACAGAGCCAUCUCGGACCUUGAAGAGUCGAGGUCGAGCGGAAACACGCACUCGUUCCACACCGGUGCCGCACACCGUCGUUCCGUGAUCCUUGAAACGGGAUCUCCGGUGUCCAACGGGCCGUACCGAAACCGAUCCUGAUCGUUCACGUGAUCGAGAGUCGGCGCUGGACCUAGCCAGGAAGUUCGACGACCAUCAACGACACGAUGCUGCCGAGAGGAGCGAUCUGCCUGCUCCUGGUGACCUUGACCCUGAGCGGCAGCCAAUGCGCCACCAGAUACUUCGUGAAGAUGAGGACGAACGCGUCGGAGCUGUUCAGAACAAGAAUGGAGAGUCCGGAAAUCCUUGAGGACUCGAUGGCGGCUCCGUCGAGCCAACUGCGCAGCUUCCGGGCCGACGACGAAAGAAGAACGAAGGACAUCAAGCUCGAGGACGAGCACAAGAACAUGUUCGAGACGUCCACGUUCAAUCCGGACGUGCUGAACAAGUUUCUCGAGGAAUACGCGAACAGGAUCAAAGGAAGCACCGAGAAAUAUCCGAAGUAUCCCUUCAGGAUCGUGAAGCCUGCAGCAGAACCUCUGCUCCUGGAAGUGGACGACACUACCACGCAUCCGACCAGUGUCAGCUAUGACCACGAAACUAAGUUCGACGCGAACGUGGAGAACACUACGUCAGCUGAAGACGCGCUAACCGAAGGUUUGAACGACACCCUGAAGAGGAACAAGUACUACGGUGCAAACUCGUACGAAGAUCGAAACGGUUGGGUCACUCUGGAAGCAAUUCCUUGGUCAAAAAGCAAGAUUUCCAAGUGGCAGGCGACUGCUACAACUCAACGGCCCUGGCCGGAAGUGAAGCCAUGGGAGAAACCCGGCAUGGGAAAGCCGUGGGCCUCUGACUAUGCUGUUAGGCCAAUCUAUGAAAAUAAUAAGCCAUGGUACCAGGAGAAACCGAAGCCUACGUGGCCGGAGACGAGCAACGAAAAGCCGUGGCAGAAGCUCACCACCACACGUCCCUCCUAUUAUCCGGACAAGAACGAAGGGAACCAGGCGCAGAAAUGGCCGCCGGAGAGGCCAUCCUGGAACAAGUACACCGACCGCCCGAACGGCGACAUAAUCACGGACAAUCGUCCGGCGAACUUUCCCAGCACUUGGAACAGGCCGCCGCAGCCCACGAAGCCCAGCUACCAGUUUCUAGAUCGGUACUCCGAUAAGAACCAAGCCGAAGAGAACAACGAUUGGCAUGAUUUUCCAAAUCGCUACGACGAUCGUCCUCGGCCCACCACCGAGAGCCCCGGCUUCUCCCAGUAUCAAUACGUGAACAAUCAUCCUCAGAGCUAUCCCGGGAACAGCGACGGACAAUGGGUCCUGUUGUCUACAAACAGGGGCUACUCGAAAUCCAGACAGAGAUCGAUCAAGAUCGACGCAACGCCGUCGUCAACGAACGGUACCAAGGUCGUCGGAGGUAGAAAAGAGGAGCACGAUCCAGCUAUCGCCGUGAUGACAUCGAAGAGACAGGUCAGGCUGACGGUGUUACCGUCACUCAACGGUACGAACACUACCACAUCUCACGGAGGGCUGCUCGAAGUGGAGAAGACGUUCAAGAGCGUGGAUCAGAGCCGGAAGGAGUACGAGCAGGAAAGACAGACGCUGCCCGCCAUUUUCAACAGGAGGCCGAUCAGAAAUACGCUCGGCAAUCAGCCAUCUAAUUCGGCGGUGUUGGCGGCUGUCGGUGCAGGAAUAUUACCGGCAACAAUGGCGAUGAUGAUACCAAUGAUACUUGGCCGUCGAAAGAGGGACGUAUCUUCUGCGAACCCAAGACUGCUCGAUCAUCGUGACACAAUGAUGCAUAUUCGUGUCCCCGCGAAUAAACGAAUCCGAGGAACGAGGCUAAGAUAGGGCAAACAAAUCUCUGAUAAUGGAGAAGAACGAACAGUCCCGGUGUUCGGCGAUGAUCAUGGAGCUUGUAAUAUAUCGCGAUCGAUUAAUUUACGAGAGAAACGAGGUGUAAGAUACGCGUUUAAAAUUCCGUGGCAAUUUCGUCAGCGCGAUCAACGACACAGAACACAGAAUUUCCUUAUAACACGGAAAAGAACGGCAACGUUCCGAUGGAGAAAUAAGCCUCGAAUCACCGAGAAACUCUGUAUCACGGGUCCCAUUUUAAUCUCAUCGCUGAACUCAUCAUCACCGGAAAGUGUAAUCGCCUCGAAAUACUCGAAACUCCUUUCGCACGGAGCAAAACAUUUCGAAUUUUCUUCGCCAUUCGCUGAUCUUCUCUUUAAUGUUGCAUCGCUCGUUAACCGCUUUAAAUGAAUAGAAAGGAUAUGUUGUUCCUUGAUCGAAUUUAUCGGUGAUCGUACCACCGAUUCCGCAGUGUUCGAUGAUCAAACGUUUCAUACGAAAUUUCAUAUUGCGAAUUUCAUAUUGUUUCACGACGAAGCAAGCAAUCGGAAUAUGCUCGUGUUACACGAACGCGAACGCGUUAUCUGCGUGAUUUUUUGUUUUAAGCAAAACUAGAGGAUGCACGUGCGUAGAUCCAGCGUUCUUCGUUUCGCAUAUGCUAACCCUUGUUACUCGUUACGAAGCGUUAAAUUAACACCGCUAAUUAUAAUAUUGAUUCUCAGUGAAUUCUCGAAAGAAGGAUAAUACGUCAGUGUGUAUCGUGGACGGAAUCGAACGGAGAGAGAGAUGCUGUGUGUAUUUUCAUAACAUACCUUACGUACGCGCCAGGAUAUCAUACGGAAGCACGUAUUAUAUUUAUUUAUUUAUUUAUUUAAUAUAUUUAUUUAUAAUAUACUUUACAGUGUUUCGUAUAUUUCGUCGUUCGCUUAAAAAUACUUAAUAAAACGUAUAAGUACCAGAAACAA